AUGUCGGAUUCUCGGUCAGCACAACUGAUCCAGUUGCAUCGAGAUUUAUUGUUCGCUUCGAUUUCGGUUGCGGGUAAUAUGGAAAUUAAGAAGUCAUUGCUAAAUAUUGUUAUGAAAACUGAUGGAGUCAGGCAGAUCUUUAUCACAGAUAAGGAUGGAGUGUUGGUAGUGUAUUCUACGCGUUUGCAAGGUGAUAACUCUUCGUUUCGUGCACAUUUGAUAAAUUGUUAUCAAUUGGCCUUGGAGCAUACUGCGAAAUUAAAUAUCGGUGAACAACGAACUGCCAUAUUUUGCUUUGAGAAUUAUCAAAUGGUCAUCCUAAAUUUUAAUGGUUUAAUGGCUUUUAUUAUUGCUGACACGGAUUGCCCUGCUGGUAAACUACGAGAUUUGAGGACACCUUUAAAUCCAAUUAUGGAAGAAAUAUCAGGGGCUUUCAGUGCAUCUCACGUUUGA